CAGCAAAAAAGGGAAGUAGACUUGGCGGCGGCUCGUAAACCGCACGGCGAGGGCAGCUUGUUCUGGCGGUGUCCAACCCGCGCAGCCGCCCCGCGCAGCCCAGAAGAGCAGCCCCGCGCAUUUUGAGCGGCCGCCCACGAUGCCCGCGACGCCCCCACCGGCCCCACCGCGCCCACCGCCACUUCUGCGUCGGCGCGCGCCACCGCCGUGCGCCUCAGCGUCCAGAAAUAAUCGCCCCGGUCGCCGCGAUCGCCGCCACGCGCCUGAGCGUCCGAAGAUAAUAGCCCCCGUCGCCGCCCUCGCCUCAACGCGCCAGCCGCGCGUCCGCGAGGUGGUUUCACUGACGCGGCGACGCCCCCGCAUUCACUGACGCGGCGACGCCCCCGCAUUCACUGACGCGGCGACGCCCCCGCAUUCAGUGACGCGGCGACGCCCCCGCAGGCACGCCCGUCAGCGCGCGGCGAAGCUCUUCGUCGCCAAGGCCGCGGCCCUCGACUCCUACGAGGUCGUCGGCGCGCUCCUCGUCGCGCACGCCAACGCCAAGAAGGCCGCGACUCCGCGCAAGCUCGAGGCCCUCCUCCAGAAGAACGAGCUCUCGCUCGCGGCGGCGCGGGCCCUGGAGGCCCUCGCCGAGGCCGCCGUCGGGCCCCAGGCCGUGCGGGCCAACGGCGUCGGCUUCUCGCUCACGGCGGCGACGCGCGGCCCGGGCGGCCUCUUCGCGCUCGCGCGGCGCUACCUCUGCGGCAAGAAGCAGUUCUCGCUCUACCUCGACUUCGUCGAGGCCUUCGCGCCGGCCCACCUCGUGCGCCGCACGCGCCGGCGUCCUUCCUUCCGCGCCGUCGACGCGACCGCGGCUCGACGGCGCCGCCGACUCACCGCGUCCGCGCACAGGGACGCGCGUCGCCGACGGCCGCGGUUUUGUGGGCGAGGUCGCGACGCUCGCCGCGGACCCGACGUCCCUCCUGAUCGUGGCGGCGCGCCGCGCCGUCGGCCGCGCGCGCGGCCUCGUGGCCUACCCGCAGCUCGUCUCGUUGAAGGUCGGCGCCUGGACGCUCGCGACGCACGACGGCUCGCGCCCGGUCGCCGACGUCCUCGGCUCCUGCGACGGCGUCGUCGUGGACGUGCUGGGCGACGUGAAGGAGGUCCCGAAAGAGUCCGGCGCGGUCCUGGCGGCGGCGUCGGCGCGCCUCGCGGCGCUCGCGGCGCCCAAGAAGCGCGUGCCGCCGAUCGCGGCGGCCGGCGUUGAUGAUGAAGACUUCCCCUUCGUGUCGCCGUCGCCGACGCACCGCGUGCUCCCCGGGUUCGAGGCGCCCGCGCGGCCCAAGAAGCAGGAUUUUGACGGUGGCGACGCCCUCGCGGCGCUCGUGUCGCCGCCGUCGGACGCCCGGCCCGCGCCGGCGUUCGCGUGACAUGCCGCCCGCGGUGGACGCCCGCGCGUCCCGCACCCCCUUGCAUGCAACCCCCCCUUAGUAAACGGCAGUGCCUAA